AUGCGAUUCGAAAACAAAAAGGAGAGGUCCAUGGGCCUAAUCGGUCAUCUGAAAGGUUCAGCAGGGACACUCCCCUACAUCCCAAGGGAUCAAACCAACGUUAUUUACAUAAAUUGUCUGUCCCCAACCAGUGAUAUUUCAGUUCAAGAGAGAUCCCCAGAGAGAUCCCGAGAGAGAUCCCCAGAGAGAUCCCCAGAUAGAUCCCCAGAUAGAUCCCGAGAGAGAUCCCCAGAGAGAUCCCCAGAGAGAUCCCCAGAGAGAUCCCCAGAUAGAUCCCCAGAGAGAUCCCCAGAGAGGUCCCCAGAUAGAUCCCCAGAGAGAUCCCCAGAGAGAUCCCGAGAGAGGUCCCCAGAGAGAUCCCCAGAGAGAUCCCCAGAGAGGUCCCCAGAGGUCCCAGAGAGAUCCCCAGAUAGAUCCCCAGAUAGAUCUCCAGAGAGAUCGCCAGAGAGGUCCCAGAGAGAUCCCCAGAUAGAUCCCCAGAUAGAUCCCCAGAGAGAUCUCCAGAGAGAUCCCCAGAGAGAUCUCCAGAGAGAUCCCCAGAGAGAUCCCCAGAUAGAUCCCCAGAUAGAUCCCAGAGAGAUCCCCAGAGAGGUCCCCAGAGAGAUCCCAGAUAGAUCCCCAGAGAGAUCCCCAGAGAGAUCCCCAGAGAGAUCCCCAGAGAGGUCCCCAGAUAGAUACCCAGAGAGAUCCCCAGAGAGAUCCCCAGAUAGAUCCCCAGAUAGAUCCCCAGAGAGAUUCCCGAGAGAUCCCCAGAUAGAUCCCCAGAGAGAUCCCCAGAUAGAUCCAAAGAUAGAUCCCCAGAUAGAUCCCCAGAGAGGUCCCAGAGAGAUCCCCAGAGAGAUCCCCAGAGAGGUCCAAAGAUAG